AUGACAAUAAUUUUAAAAGAGAUACUUACAGAAUGCAUUGCAGCAAAGAUGAAUGUGCAUGAUAUUGAAGUAACCUCAGAUUUUCAAUGCAAUGAGAAGCCUGUAAAAGGUACAGUGAAAUGGAGCCACAUUGAAGCAUUUUAUCAGUUGGACAAAACCAACCCCAAUUUAGUUUAUGCUCCUCAACUGACAGAUAAUCAUUUGCGUCCAAAUUGUCAGCAGAAAAUGAGAGUAAAAUUAGCAGCACAAGUGUUUAGCCACUCUGUUACAACUGGCAUGUUAAUGAAAAUUGCUCAAAAUGAACUUCCGGCCGAAGCCCAUGUGACAGCAACUUUCGUGCAAAAGUUUGACGAGCUAUUAAAUCAGUUAAGAAACGAAGCUGGUGGUUCAGGAGAUUCUACAUUGGAUACAUCUUCUCCCCCAAGCGAGGCCUAUUUAACUGCUAAUGACAGCUCCAAAUAUUUUUCCAUGCUAGAAGAUGAAUCCAGCUUCAAUAUUUCAAAAGAUGCUGUCAACCCUGCUACAGAGGCGGAGGUCACAGAUGAUAACCCGAUGAUAUCAAAUUUGUCACCAAUAUCCAAAAAAGGUGAUAUGGCCAGUUACAAAAUUGGUAAGCAAAUAGAAGCUGCAAACAUAUUGUCUGGAGGUGUUAAUAUUUUCGAUGAUAAUGACAACUCCUUUGAUGGCGAUGAGCUUGUUAUUGAUGAUAAUGUCGCAGAGGCGGACGAGAAAUCAAAUACGGUGCUGAAACUUACUGAAGAUACUGCUCUUCCAUAUGAUAAAGUUAAUGAUAAUUUAGCAACUGUAAUUGACGACUCUGACCCAGCAAUUCCAAGUAAAGAUACUGAAGUUGUGCUACAGAUUGAUGGAAAAAAUGUAAAUGCUAUUGCCAUUGGAAAUGGUUUAUAUUUGUAUAGGAAGGAGGGUCAAGAAGAACUUGCAGCUGUUCAGAUUAUUGAUGAUAAUCAGCAACAAUCAAGUUUUAAGUUCCUCAAAGUGCGUGAGAAUGCUGAAGGAAAUUUAGAAGUCUAUGAAGAAAUAGAAAUUGAAGUCCCCAAAGAAGUGCCUUCAAAAGUUGGAAAGUCUGCUGAGAACAUAUCUCAUGUCCCACUUAAAGACAUUAAUAAAGUAAUCAGUGAACCUGCUAAAAUUGCUGAAAAGAAUUUAAAAACACCUCAGAAAGGUGGAUUGACUAGUGAAACAAACACCGACUUGAGUAAAGAUUCACAUUCACAGUUUGAAUCAAAAACUGAAGUAAAUUUUAAUGGAAAAGUGAUGAAGUUCAGUGAAGCUCGAAAAUCUCCUGUAGUAGGUAGUUUUACUCCUAUGACAUUUCACUCAACCCCUAACAAAGAAGGGAUACCAUUGACAAAGACUAUGGUUGAUCAACAGCUGCAUCCUAAUAGGCACUCUGAUAACAUUAAGAAGACCAUAGAAGUUCACACAGAUAGCUCUAAAUUUAAAAAUUUAGAGACUCCAGUUAAAAUUAAUAAGGAUAUUUCUGAUUUCAUUCAAACAUCAGAAACAGUGAAUAUUGAAAAGGAAAGUAAACUAGUAACUGAGGAAGAAAGUAUGGGAGAGCAAAAACAGACCGAUAAAUUUUCAGCUCAAGAUGGUCAUCAUGAUAAUAAAAGUCUGAAAAUUAAGGAAUUAAGCAAAGGAAAAUGUAAAAUUGAAGAAGAUGUAACAAAACCAGAAGUGGAUAGUAAAGUAACACAAUUAAUUACAGUAAACCAAACUGAAAAAACUGUAACAAAUGAAGUUGAUGGUCUUAAAAAUCAAACUAGUGAUUCUGCUAAAACAUAUGUUUUAAUAAAUAAUGAAAAAUAUCAAACUGAUGGCACGAAGAACAUUGUUAGCAAACAAGAUAUAAAAGUCUUAGAAAGUAGUGAAACUGUUACUAAUGAAUAUAAUACAGAAAAAUCUUUAUCUAAUGAUUUAACAGCCCAGGGUAAUAAUACAGAGAACAAGAACUGUGCACAACAAUGUGCAAAUAAUCCCAUUAAAAGUAUUGCAUGUAAAAAAGAAGAGGCAAAGCAAGAGCAUGAAGCAAAAAUCAUGCAUGAGAAAGAAAAUCUAAUGGAAGCUCUUGAUGAAUCAAAUUUUAACCAAGACACUACAGCUCAACAUAUAAUUAAAAAUAUGCAUAGUGGUAUUAGACCAAUUAAAUCUGAAACAGACUGCACCGAGAUUUCUAAUUGCUUAAACACUAAAAAUAUAGCCAAUAUAGGACAGCAUGCAGAAAUUGAAAGCACUAAUACCACUCAAGAUUUAAAUGCAAUUCAACAAACGAAAACCACAGAAACUGUUGAAGUAACAAAUAAUGUAGUACACAACAUCAUAGAUACUUCUAACGUAAUAUCGGAAAAUCAUGAUAAGAAAAAUGUAAAUACUGGGACUCGAAAGUUGAAUUUAAUUAUACAUGAAAGUCAAAAUAAUGAUGUAAUGAGUAUAAACAAAUCUAUUAAAAUAAGCCCGAAUAAUGACGCAAUUACAAAAUCUAAAGAUUUAGUGAUAAAUUCAAAUAAUAUUCAAAACAGCUUGAAUUCUAAUGUAGUAAAGGAUGAAAAACAUUCGAUUAUGUGUCAAAAAGAAAAAAGUGAAACAUCUCAAAUAAGUUGUAAACUUCAACCAAAUAAGAAGGAUGAAUCAACUCAACUUAAUAAGGUUGUAGCAGCACCUAAACCUCUAAAUAAUAACCAUGCAGCAGUUCCCUUUGGAAAAUGGACAGAGGCUAAUAGACAAGAGUUUUUGAAUAAAAUAAAGGAAACUAAAGUUCCUACAAAUCAUUCCAAUACUAAGCAGUUAAAACAACCAAAUGAUUUAAAUAGACGAGAUAUUUUACAAAAAAUUGAUAGUCAAAGACAACAACAAACUCACAAUGCAAAAGUAAAAGUUCAAGAACAACAAAAAUUGAAUAUAAAUAACGAAGCCUCUGCAUUUGUUAAAGCGUCUAUUAAACACGAUACGAAAAUACCUAUUAGAGAACGUCCAACCUCAAAGACUAAACCGAUAUGUAACAAAAAAAAUACCAAAGAUGAACUCCUGCAAAACCAAGAAUCUGAACCUUCCAAUUUACUAUCAAACUCAUCCAUACUAAAAAAGGAAUCGAGUCAAAGAACAGAAAUAAACAACCAAGCUCUAAUUGACAAAACCAUUGAAGACAUAAUAAACAGAGUUCCCCCUGUUAAAACAUCAAAUGAAGAUUCCAAACCAAAUAUCAUAAAUACUGAUGGAAUAGAAAAACAAAAAGGUAUGACUCUAUUUGGGCCAUCAUAUCAUGCUAAAAAUGAGCAGUCAGUAACAUUAGACGAUAUAGAAAUGAAAAUGAAUGAAUUGCAUGGAAUUCCUUUCGUAGAAAGACCUGCCCAUGAAUUGCCUCAAAAAUUAACUGCCGAUAAUCAGAUACAACCGCAAAAAACUGAAAACCAGAAAAGUAAUCAAAAAAACUUCAAUGCUUCUAACCAAGAGCAAUUUGCGAAAAACUCUCAACAAGUUUGCAGUGAAAUUGUUAAUAUGGAUUCAGAUGAUGAAAUUAUUGAACACGAACCAAUCACUGGAGAUAUAGAUACAGGGAAGAAAACAUCGGAUGCUAUAGAAAAUGUACCAGAUCAAGCAAAAAUACUUGAUGAAUCUAAAAAAGAUGUCAUAAUAACUGAAAAAGAUUUUGAUAAAUUUUUCCGGGGAAAAUCUGUUACCUAUGAAAAUUGUCUAACUGUUAAUUUUGAUAGUAAAGAACCACAUAAUGUUGUACAAACUGCUGUGGAAAAAGAAAUACCUCAAAAAAAAUUGACGAGGAAUGAAGUUUUGCUGGCUGAAUCAAAGGCAAAAUCCACACACAAACAACAAUUGAUACAGGCACGUCUCAACCACCCAACAAAAAUACCCACGUCUGGUAAAUAUCAAACAGCUGAAGACGAAUCUUAUGGUAAGAAUUAUCAAUCGAAACUACAAAUUGCAUAUCAAUCUGCACUAACUGCCAAACGCCAAAAAGAUUGCCCAAUUACAAUUAUUGAAGAAAAACCGGUAAAAGUUGUAUUUAUGGAUUCCAAUACUGAUUUUGUGCCAUGUCAACUAAAUGUUCAUGGCGAAAAUUUAUCACCAACUAAACAAACUAUUCCAGACCUGGAUACUUUUACGCAUAGCACUACUGAUUCCUUAGACUCUGACAUUUUCGAUAACUUUGACAGUAAAUCACAAGAUGAAUCAAAAACUAAGAGCAAACAUCAGAGAAAACAAGUUUUGACUCCAGUUGAGACGUCAGAAAUGGAGUUAAUUGAACCUAGUGAUCUUGGGAUAGAAAUAUCACCUAAGAAAAAACGUAAAAUUGAAGACAAGAUUGAAAAAAGUCCAAGAAAUCAUGUACCAAAGAAAUCAUAUCUUUUAGGGCGAGCUGCUACAGAUGAUUCAACAAAAACGCAGAAUGUAUCUAAAACUUCAUUUAAAGAAAUCACUAACGAAAAUAGUCCAUAUGUAGGGCAAUCAAAUCCAAUAUCUGCAAUAGAUAACUUAGUCAAAGCUGCAGAGUUAUUAGAGAACCAAGCUGAAAAUAUUAUUAGUUCCAUAAACACACCAGAUUCUGACUCUCAACAAAAUACGCCUGUUAAGAGAGGAAGAGGUCGUCCCAGAAAGUAUCCUCUUCCAGAUGGCGAGGUGAAUAAAAUCAAGGCUCCUAGUCCUCAAAAGAAACCAAGAUUAAUUGACGCGAAAGUGAUCAAACGUGAAGAUACUGAUGUAGACGAUUCUAGCGAUGACGGAAUCAUAAAAGAAAAUUGGACAAUGGGUCCAUCUCCAAACCGAUCUGAAUCUGAUAAAAGAAGUUUUAGAGAGUCACAGGAAUCAGAAACGAGAUCAAAUGAAAGUAAAUCUGAUGAUAUGGAUAUUGAGGAGCAGGAAGUAAGAACACCUAAGAAAAAAGAAUCUAAGGAAAGCAUUCUUAAAGUUCCAACUAACUCAGAUGAGGUCAUCAUUAUUGAAGAUACUCCUCUAAAGGAGAAGCCUGGGAAACAUCAUGAGUCAAGAAAGUCAACAGUAAAGACUAAAGUUAUUCAUAUACCAAGCAAGAAUUUAAUAUGUGAAAUUUGUGGAAAAACAUUCAGGCAGUCGUCGUAUUUAGCUCAUCACAAAUUACAACAUAAAAAUGAAGAAUCAAAAAAACACGAGAGUGUCGUCAAUAAAUCCGUUUUCAGCUGCGAAGUAUGCAAAAAGGUAUUUAGAAAGUUGCAUCACUUAGUUCAACAUAGAAUUAUUCAUAACCCUCAUUCUGUGUCCUCAAGAAUGCUCAGAAAAACUUCAUCAGAACAUAGCGAAAACAAAGUCGUUAAAAGCCAGAGUGGAGUAAAGCAAACAGAAGAUCAAAGUGCAGGCUUCCGCUGUGAGCCUUGUGACAAAUCAUUUAGAAAAUUGCACCAUCUUGUUGAACAUAGGGAGACUCAUGAUGGAAUUAACAGACAAAAAGCAAGUGAAAUAGAUAUUAAUAAACCAACUUUAAUACACCAAUGUGAUAUUUGUGACAAAACAUUUAAAAAACUUCAAUUAUUGAAUGAACAUAAAGAACAACAUUUAGAUACAUGUUCAGAAAAGUCAGAUGAUAAAAGCGUUAAGAGUUCAUUGUCCACCAAAGACAUAAUACAUGAAUGUUCAUUGUGUUAUAUGGUAUUUCCAAACGAGUACUCUUUAAAUAAACAUACUGUAAUUUGUCUUAGAAAAAAGAAGCAAUCUGCUGCAAAAGCUAAAUUAGCUGCAGAAAAUAAGGAAUCAGAAAUAGAAAAAAUUGAUUCUGAAACACCCAAACCAGAAAAAUGUAACCCAAAUAUAACUGAAGAUUCCUUAAUUAUAGUUGAAGAUGAUAGCUCCACGUUUAAAGAUGUGAAUGUGAAGGAGGAUAAAUUAAAAGAAGAUAAACCAGAAAUACUUGAAAAUCCAGAGGUUAUGCAUAUCAUAAAACUUUCAGGAGAACAAAAUAUUGUUGAGCCUCAAAUUAAAAAUGGAGAAUCGUUUAAGUCUAAAGAAAAAACGCCUGUAAAGACGGUCAUGGGGUUAAAUAUAAAUACGGAUACAAUUCCGCCCUCUGAAAUCCCUAUAAAGUCAAAACAAAUUGAUGAGGAUGCGAUGUCGAAAACUCAAAAAACACCGGUUGUUAAAAAAAUAACACCAGCUAAAGACAAAGUGUUUCCAACUGUUACAAAGCGUGAGAAAAUUGUAAAUGUACCUUUACCAGUUAUUGAUGAAGCCACGCCUUCAGCAGAGUCAAUAGAUGAAGAUGAGAUAAGGUACAUGCUUAAUCCAAAUUUUAAGCAAAUAGAAACUGUGGGAACGAAGAACUUAUUGAAAGUCAAAGCCAAAAUACGCAAUUCUCUACAGGUUGAAAGACCUAAUUCAAAGGAUUUAGUGAAAAGAAGGGUUUCCUUACAGAAUCUGCCUAAAAUCUCACGGUUAAGGAAUAAGCCAUUAGAACAAAAGUUGACCGCGCCAAGUACUUCAACAGCCUCAAAAUCAACUAUUGUUAAAAUAGAUAAGCCAACUGUUACGGAAUCUACAUUUUCCACAGACUCUGAUGACAGUGAUAUCAAAUAUUCUUUUCCUGAGACAGUUACUAAACAUGUAGAUACAAAGAUAAUAGUCGAAAAGAAGCCAAUGAAAAGACAAUCUCUAUCAUCAAAGAGGAAGUCAUUAAAUGGAGUUGCAAAACGGAAGGCAUUGGGACAAGUGAUCGUUUCGAAACAUAAACAGAACACUCCACCAGCAAAACAAGUAAAAAAACGCACAACCGAAGUGGAACAUAGGUGUGAUUGCGGUCAACUUUUCAGCAGUGCCGCGCUACUGUCGCGCCACACCACGUUAGACCAUACCCCUCCUCGAAUUCGUCGUCGUCGAUCGCCGGUCCCUGUGAUCGACACAAAAACAAUUACCAAAAAGGUCUCGCAUAAACCCAUUAGUGAAAAACUCAAGCCAAAUACAGACUUAAAGAAAUCAAGUGGCCAGGGAAGUACAGACUCAAGUAAACCUGGUGUAGCUACAAGGAAGUCUAGUAUGAACAACAGUGAUGAUAAAGCAUCCAGUGAAAAAGGCAAAUUGGUGAAAAGUGUACCAAGCGUGAAAUUGCGUAGGAGUGCUGCGCACAAAGGUGUGCCCCUGCCGGAGAAGAUGAGGAAACUUAUGGAUAAACCUAAAAUAUAA